ACAUGCGCCGCUGUUUAUGUGAGUUGAAAUUCAUCGAAAAUCGUACUGUUGUGAUAUUAUCUGUUUAGUCUAUUACGACACGUUGAUUAUACACGUAAAUUAAACAGAUGGACAUAAUUUAAGCGACCAUUCUGUAUUCAAGUUUGAAUCUGAGGCUGCUUAAAAUGAGGAUUAAUGAAGAUACAUUACUGGAGGGGGAGAAGGUUGUAUUAGUACCUUACAAUGCAGAUCAUGUUCCCAGGUAUCAUCAGUGGAUGUGCUCUCCUGAACUGCAGAAGCUGACUGCAUCAGAUCCCCUGACACUGGAGCAGGAAUAUGACAUGCAAAGAUGCUGGAGAGAAGAUGAUGAUAAGUGCACCUUCAUCAUCUUGGAUAAACAGAAAUGGGCAGAUCCGAGUAUACCGGAGCAAGAGUGCAUGGUGGGAGAUGUUAACAUUUUCCUCACUGACCCCAGUGAUCCUUCCCUGGCUGAAUUGGAGAUCAUGAUUGCAGUUCCCUGCUACAGAGGAAAGGGACUUGGGAAAGAAGUAACACGCAUGAUGAUGUGCUACGGUGUCCAUAAACUUGGAAUUCAAAAGUUUGAAGUCAAGAUUGGUUUGGAUAACAAAAUCAGCAUUGCCAUGUUCAAGAAAUUCCACUUCCGAGAGCUCUCCAUCAGUGAGGUCUUUCAGGAGGUUAUUCUUGGGGUCACUGUGAAUGAGGCUUUACAGAAGCAUGUUUUUGGAAACAUGGACUUCAUGCUGCAGAGGGAGUAUGGGAAGGCACGGGACAGCAGGCAGGCACCGUUCACACCAUUAUCUCUGUGAGGAUGGUUUGUAGAAGAUUAUAUGAAAAGAGAAAAGCCCCAGAGUGCAUCUCAAUAUGAAAUAUUAAUCACUCAUCGUGCCACAGAAAGCUGAGGCAACUCUAGUAGCGUUUAUCACAUUCUUAUGUGACUAAAUAUUUCUGAAUUUUUCUAAUUCAGAAUUAAAUGUGAUGACUCAAUACUGAUCAUUCAAUACUGUAUUGUUAGAAAUAAUAUUGUAUUGUGAUUUUAACUUCUUAAGGCAUGGAAAUCAAGAAACUGUACUAUUUAAAAAAAAUCUAAUUUAGACCUUUUAAUCUGCAUACUGCAUGUUGCAAUAAUUUAUGUAAGAAAAGACAGAUAGAAAUUAUAUUUGUUAUAUUUUUGUUGCUUGUAAUAUUGUAAAUCUUUGUGACUAUACACAAGAUACUAAUCAGUUUGUCUUUCAUGUCGGUUAUUUGUGUUGUAGAGAAUUUAUGGCAUUUAUCGUCCUUGCAACAAUAAAAAAUACAGUCUUGAAACUAA